AUGAAAUGGCUCGGACUUCGGGUUCCACUGGCUGUUGUCAAUCGUGCGCAUCAGACAAAUCAGCUAUAUCCGUUCGCCAUUUCACUUAUCGAGAGUGUGCGAACCUACGAAAUCACAUGCAACAAGAUUGAGGAAAAUCAGCGUCAAAACAUUGGUCUCUUGUGUGCGGGAUUACGCCGAGACGCACAGCUUUUGAUCGCCGAAGGCAUGUCUAUCGUGUGGGAGUCCUAUCGCAUUGGGCUGUUUGUACAGCGUUUUGCCGAGAAUGUGCUUCAAUUCCAAGAGAAGGUAGAUGAUCUACUGCAAAAAACCCGAGAAAUCGACCACGAAGUCAAAUCACUCGAGACCUGUGUUUACUCCAAAACAGUAUUUGAAGACAUCAUUGGCAAAAUCCAAAAGGCAGUGGAUGAGCUAAACCUACAUCAAUACUCCAACUUACCUCAGUGGGUUGCUCGGCUUGAUGAGGAAGUAGAACGUCGUCUUGUAGUACGCUUGGAAGCAGGAAUUCGUGAAUGGACCCGGGUGCUCCGCGGGGAGCGGCACGAUGCGGAGGCUGAGGAUGCCGAUGACACACAUGAGAGUCAACAGUCCAAAAACCCACUGGGUGGAGAGCCACAGUUGAAGAUAUCCCCUCACGAAUUGCGUAUAACCAAUCAACAAAUGCACCUACAUCCCAGCAUCGAAGUGGCUCAACAAGAACUGAUGCUAAACUUGGGAGCAUGGGAGAGUAUUGUGCUCAACUUACCUCGUAUUCAGCACUCUAGAUAUCAAGUGGGACUCGAAACGGAAGCAGACACUCAAAGAAACUACAAGAAAUUGUUGCAUAACUUGCAGAACGCCGGUGAGGUGUUGGAACAAGCACAUCAAGCUAUCAUGGAUGUGGUGGACGAGGCAAGGGAAUACGUAAAGACGUGGACCAGCUAUCAGGCUUUGUGGGAUCUGCAAGGUGAUCAGGUAUACGGUCGCAUUGGGACAGAUACACAGGUUUGGAUGAAUCUGUUGGACGAAAUCAAAAGUAUGCGACAACAUUUCGAUGUUGCCGAAACCCAAAAAGAGUUCGGACCAAUUGUGAUUAUGUUUGGCAAAGUGCAGUCAAAGGUCUCGCUCAAAUACGACAAUUGGCACAAAGAUAUUUUGAGCAAAUUUGGCAGCCAUUUGGGUCAAGAAAUGCAAGAUCUCUAUUCUCAGAUCUCUAAGGCCCGCUUGGAUUUGGAACAACAAGCUAUCGAGGCUGGUAGUACAGGCGAGGCAGUUAACGCGAUCACCUACACACAAACAGUCAAAAGAAAAAUGAAGGCCUGGGAGAAACAGGUGGAGUUGUACCGUUCAGGGCAAAACAUUCUUUAUCGUGAUCGGUUCCAAUUUCCCUCCCAAUGGUUGGACUCGGAAAAUAUUCAAGGAGAGUGGAGUGCAUUCCAAGAAAUCUUACGUCGUAAGGAAACCAGCAUUGGCUCACAGGUGGCCAGUCUCCAAAUGAAGGUGGUUGCUGAGGACAAAGUGGUUGAGGGUAAGACGGCUGAGCUGCUGUCAUCCUGGGACAAGGAAAAACCCAUUGCGGGUAAUUUGAAACCGGAAGAAGCGGUCAACCAGCUAACAAUCUUGGAAGGAAAGUUCAAUCGACUGCGCGAGGAGCGUGAAAACAUCCAGCGAGCAAAAGAGGCGCUGGAAUUGACAGAGUUUGGUGUCCAAUCACCUACCGAACAACGGGUUCAGGUGGCCAUUGAAGAGUUGCAAGAUCUGAAAAACGUGUGGAUCGAACUGUCUCAGGUUUGGGAACAAAUCGAGGCUUUAAAGGAGACACCAUGGCAAACGGUGCAACCACGUAAACUUCGACAGCAACUGGAUACAAUGGCCAGUCAGAUCAAGGAGCUACCUUCGCGCCUGAGACAAUACGCUUCAUAUGAACAUGUAAAACGUACCUUACAAAGCUACGCUAAGGCUAACAUGCUCAUAGUUGAGCUUAAAUCUGAGGCCCUCAAAGAUCGACAUUGGAAGACCUUGAUGAAGAAGCUCAAUGUUAACUGGACCAUGUCAGAACUGACUUUGGGUAAUGUGUGGGACAUUGACUUGCAGAAAUACGAUGCGGCUAUCAAAGAGGUCCUGUUGGUAGCUCAAGGUGAAAAGGCUCUAGAAGAAUUUUUGAAACAAGUGACCGAAGAAUGGAAGAAUUAUACAUUAGAUUUAGUGGGCUAUCAGAACAAAUGCCGGCUCAUUCGUGGUUGGGACGAUUUGUUCACUCGCGUCAAGGAACGAAUUAACAGUCUUACUGCGAUGAAGUUGUCGCCGUAUUUCAAACAAUUUGAAGAAGAGGCGUUAGCCUGGGAAGAUAGAUUGAACCGAAUUAAUGCAUUGUUUGACGUCUGGAUCGAUGUGCAACGUCGUUGGGUGUAUUUGGAUGGGAUCUUUGCCGGUUCUGCAGAUAUCAAAGUUCUUUUGCCACAAGAAUCCCAGCGUUUCCAGAGUGUGAGCACAGAAUUUCUGGGACUGAUGAAGAAAGUGGCCAAGUCCCCAUUGGUGAUGGAUGUGCUGAACAUUUCGAAAGUAGACCGCCAACUAGAACGACUUGCCGACCUGCUGUCCAAGAUUCAGCGUUCUCUAGGUGAAUACUUGGAGAGACAACGUUCUUCAUUCCCACGCUUCUACUUUGUCGGUGAUGAAGACCUUCUAGAAAUAAUUGGCAACAGCAAAAAUGUGCCACGGUUGCAGAAACACUUUAAAAAGAUGUUCGCUGGUGUUCAUGCCAUCAAGUUAAGUGAAGAUAGCACUGAAGUACUUGGUCUAUGCUCCAAAGAGGGCGAGGAAGUGCUGUUCACAAAACCCGUUUCAAUAAAAGACAAUCCGGUGAUCAAUGAUUGGCUCACUCUUUUGGAACGUGAGAUGCGUGUUUCUUUGGCAACCUAUCUUGGCCGGGCUAUUCAAGAGCUUCAAAAGUUGAAAGCCGCUGGUGACCUUGGAAAGACCGGAUUCAUUGCAUGGAUUGACAAGUUUCAAGCGCAACUUGUCGUUCUUGCCGCUCAAGUCAUUUGGUCCGAGGCCGUAGAUGCAGCGCUUACCGCCAUGGAUGGGAAAAACCCCGCAGAUGGCGAUAGUCCCUUGCAGAAAUGCCUUAAAUCCGUCGAAAGCAUGCUAACUGUGUUGGCUGAUUCAGUGCUGUAUGAGCAACCACCUGUUCGUCGUCGAAAGCUUGAACAUCUGAUUAUUGAACAUGUACAUCAGCGUGAUGUCAUUCGUAAUCUCAUCCAGAAUGGUGUGAAUUCACCGCGUUCAUUUGAUUGGCUCAGCCAAAUGCGAUUCUACUUCGAUCCAAAACAGCAGGAUCCAUUGCGACAAGUUUCCAUUCAAAUGGCCAACACUAAAUUCCAAUAUGGGUUCGAGUAUCUCGGUGUCAUUGACCGUCUGGUUCAGACCCCGUUGACUGACCGAUGCUACCUGACUUUGACGCAAGCACUUGAAGGACGUCUUGGUGGCUCACCAUUCGGACCUGCAGGUACAGGAAAAACCGAGUCUGUCAAGGCAUUAGGAACGCAGUUAGGCCGAUUUGUGCUAGUAUUCAACUGCGAUGAAACAUUCGAUUUCCACGCGAUGGGUCGCAUCUUUGUUGGAUUAUGUCAAGUUGGUGCAUGGGGUUGUUUCGAUGAGUUCAAUCGACUCGAGGAACGCAUGCUGUCUGCGGUUUCGCAACAAAUUCAAAGUAUUCAAGAAACCCUAAAAGACAUGGCCGGCGCAGCUCGACCUCAGGGCAAAGACGCGGUAACCGUGGAGCUUUUGGGGAAACAGGUGACAGUUCAUCCUGAUAUGGCUAUUUUCAUUACAAUGAAUCCGGAUUAUGCUGGUCGUUCAAACUUACCGGAUAACCUUAAGAAGCUCUUCCGCUCUUUGGCAAUGACUCAGCCGGAUCGGCAAUUGAUCGCUCAAGUUAUGUUGUACUCCCAGGGCUUCCGCACUGCAGAAACCUUGGCUGGCAAAAUUGUCCCAUUCUUCCAGCUGUGUGAUGAGCAACUUUCCCCUCAAUCGCAUUACGAUUUUGGCUUGCGUGCCCUGAAGUCGGUGUUGGUCUCAUCGGGAAAUGUUAAACGAGAUCGCAUUCGUAAGAUUAAAGAGGAUCUCGUGUCACGAGGAGAAACGAUCAACGAAACGGCGAUUGCAGAGCAACUUCCAGAACAAGAAAUUUUGAUUCAGUCGGUUAUGGAAACGAUGGUUCCUAAGCUGGUCGCUGAAGACAUUCCGCUACUCUACAGUUUAUUAACCGAUGUCUUCCCGGGCGUAGUGUAUUCCCAGUCGGCGAUGGAAGGAUUGCGUCGAGAGCUUCGUCGCGUAUGCAAAGAAAUGUAUCUUGUUUACAACGAAACUGGUUUGUUCGACUCAGAUGGUUCGAUGGAUACUUCAACCUCGGGAUCCACUGCGGGAGGCGCACUCUGGGUUCAAAAGGUUUUACAACUCUACCAGAUCACAUGUAUUCAUCAUGGUUUAAUGAUGGUCGGCCCUUCGGGAAGUGGGAAGUCAUCUGCCUGGCGUGUGCUGCUUAAGGCUCUUGAACGUCUUGAAGGUGUUGAAGGUGUGGCUCAUGUUAUUGAUCCAAAAUCAAUUAGCAAGGAGUCGCUGUACGGUUAUCUUGAUCCGAAUACGCGUGAAUGGACCGACGGUUUGUUUACACAUAUUCUACGAAAAAUCAUUGAUAGCAUUCGUGGUGAAUCGUUGAAGCGUCAGUGGAUUAUCUUUGAUGGAGACGUUGAUCCAGAAUGGGUUGAAAAUUUGAAUUCUGUACUGGACGAUAAUCGUCUGCUCACAUUGCCCAACGGAGAACGUUUGGGUAUUCCUCCAAACGUACGAAUCAUGUUCGAAGUGCAAGAUCUACGUUAUGCUACACUGGCUACGGUUUCCCGUUGCGGUAUGGUUUGGUUCAGCGAGGAUGUUGUCACUCCGGAACUCGUCAUGGAACAUUUCAUCCUUCAGCUACAAAAUGUACCUGUUGAUGAAGGUGAAGAGGAAAGUGGUGCGUUCGCCCUGGGUGCACCUGUUCCUGAUGCCAACGGAUCUCCGGAUGGGGCCACUAGCCCUGGUCUGCCUGAAACUGGUGGCGUCCCACAAGGCAACGUGCCAGUCAGCGCCACACUUCAACUGCAGUGUGAUGUAGCCAGCAUCUUACAACCUCAUUUUGGUGAUGGUGGUCUGGUGUCGCGUUGUUUGAUGUACGCGAAGGACCUGGACCAUAUUAUGGACUUUAUGCCUUUACGUUCACUUACUAGUUUGUUUUCUAUGCUAAAACAAGCCAUUCGGGGCAUUCUGGCUUACAACAUGACACAUUCCGAUUUCCCCAUGUCAGCAGACCAGAUUGAAUCGUAUAUAAGCAAGAGUUUAGUCUAUGCAAUAAUUUGGUCCAUGUGUGGUGAUGGUCGAUUGUCUACUAGAGAACAAAUGGGUGACUACUUGCGAGAAAUCACCACCAUUCCUCUUCCACCACCGGGAACGUCAAUUAUUGAUUACGAAGUGACCCUGCUUGGUGAAUGGCAACCAUGGGCCCAGAAGGUACCUGUGAUUGAAGUGGAAACCCACAAGAUUACCUCCAUGGACGUGGUUGUACCCACCAUGGAUACGGUGAGACACGAAGCCCUACUGUAUAUGUGGCUAGCCGAGCAUCGGCCCAUGGUACUCUGCGGUCCCCCCGGUUCUGGAAAAACCAUGACCUUAUUCAGCGCUUUGCGCAGUCUACCUGACAUGGAAGUAGUCGGGUUGAAUUUCUCCAGUGCUACCACUCCAGAACUAAUGAUGAAGACAUUUGAUCAAUACUGUGAGUGCCGUAAAACACCAAAUGGUUUGGUUUUGGCCCCUGUUCAGUUGAACAAAUGGCUUGUUUUCUUCUGUGACGAAAUCAAUUUGCCCAAUGAGGAUAAAUACGGCACACAGCGUGUGAUCAGUUUCCUACGACAGAUGGUUGAACACGGAGGUUUCUACCGCACUUCAGAUAUGCAGUGGGUUAAAUUCGAACGUAUUCAGUUUGUGGGCGCGUGUAAUCCUCCAACCGAUCCUGGUCGAAAGCCAUUGUCUCAUCGUUUCCUGCGACACGUUCCUGUGGUCUAUGUGGACUAUCCUGGCGAAUUAUCGUUGAAACAAAUUUACGGUACAUUCAACCGUGCUAUGCUUCGUCUUUUGCCGUCCCUGCGCUCCCAUGCCGAUGCACUCACUAAUGCCAUGGUCGAAUUCUAUUUGUUGUCUCAGAAACGCUUCACACAGGAUAUGCAACCGCACUACAUAUACAGUCCUCGUGAGUUGUCACGCUGGGUACGUGGUAUCCACGAGGCACUCAAACCACUGGAUAGCCUGUCUGUUGAAGGUUUAGUGCGUAUCUGGGCUCAUGAAGCGUUGCGUUUGUUCCAAGAUCGCUUAAUCGAAGAAGUCGAAAGACAAUGGACUGAUACAAACAUUGACGAGGUCGCAGUAAAGUACUUCCCAGCAAUUGACACAGUUGCUGCGUUACAGCGACCCAUUCUGUUCAGCAAUUGGCUGUCUAAAGAGUAUUGUUCAGUAGACCAAGAAGCUUUACGUGAUUAUGUUAAAGCUCGCCUUAAAGUAUUUUAUGAAGAAGAGUUGGAUGUCCCAUUGGUUUUAUUCAACCAAGUAUUGGAUCAUGUACUGCGAAUUGAUCGCGUGUUCCGUCAACCCCAGGGCCAUUUGCUCCUUAUCGGGAUCAGUGGUGCUGGCAAAACAACUUUGUCACGUUUCGUGUCCUGGAUCAAUGGUCUAAGUGUUUUCCAAGUGAAGGUGCAUAACAAAUACACGGCAGAAGAUUUUGACGAUGAUUUACGGAACGUACUGCGACGUGCCGGAUGCAAAGGUGAAAAGAUCACUUUCAUUAUGGACGAAUCCAACGUGCUGGAUUCCAGCUUCCUCGAACGAAUUAAUACGUUACUUGCCAAUGGAGAAGUUCCCGGUCUCUUUGAAGGAGAUGAAUUUGCUGCGCUGAUGACUCAGUGUAAAGAAGGCGCCGCCCGCGAGGGUCUGAUGGUGGACAGCAAUGAAGAGUUAUACAAAUGGUUUACCAAUCAAAUUUGUACCAAUUUGCAUGUGGUAUUCACUAUGAAUCCUUCAGAAGAUGGUCUGAAGGACCGGGCUUCUACCUCUCCUGCUUUGUUCAAUCGAUGCGUUCUGAACUGGUUUGGAGACUGGUCUGUCGAAGCCUAUUACCAGGUGGGUAAAGAAUUCACGGACAAAACUGAUAUGGAACGAGCAGAUUAUAAGGUGCCGGACAUCAUUCCGUCUGUGGCUGAACACCUGCUUCCUGAAUUUCCCACUUUCCGAGACAUGGUGGCCAAUGCAUUUGUCUUCGUUCAUCAAACAUUGCAUCAGGCGAAUGCGCGUCUGCGGAAACGCGGGGGUCGUACCAUGUGGAUAACACCACGACACUUUUUGGACUUUAUCGCUCACUUUGUUCGCCUGAUGGCCGAGAAACGAUCCGAUCUAGAGGAGCAACAAUUGCACUUACAAAUCGGGUUGCAAAAGAUCAAAGAAACAGUGGAACAAGUAGAGGUGAUGCAAAAGUCCCUGACUCAAAAACGUCAAGAGUUGGAGCAAAUGAAUGAAGCUGCGAAUGCUAAGCUUAAGCAAAUGGUACAGGAUCAACAAGAGGCUGAGAAACGCAAGACUAUGAGCCAGCGUUUGCAAGAAGAAUUGGCAAAUCAAGAAGUAUUCAUUAAUGAAAAACGUGCUCUGGUGAUGAAUGAAUUAAGUCAGGUUGAACCAGCAGUAAACGAAGCUAAACAAGCCGUCAAUCAAGUUAAACGAUCCCAGCUGGUUGAGAUACGAGCUUUGGGCUCUCCUCCGCCUCCGGUCAGGUUGGCCAUCGAGGCGGUGUGUACCAUGCUUGGUGAAACAAGCAUGGAUUGGAAAGAGCUCCGCUCCUACCUGGUGCGCGACAAUUUCAUUCCAUCGAUAGUAAACUUUAAUGUUGAGCAGAUAACCAGUGCCGUAUUCAAAGUUGUGUUUGCCUGUCGAGCCUUUUCCGUUAUUGUUUCGCUUUGGCCUUGUGCUUCGGCCUCUGUGCUUGAGAUUCGCAAACGUGACAUCCAAGAGAUUAAAGCUAUGAAAAAUCCACCACCUGUCAUCAAAAUGGCCGUUGAAUCGAUUUGCCUCUUGCUGGGUGAUCAUUCAACCGAUUGGCGCCAAAUUCUGACCACGGUGAUGAAGGAUACAUUUGUUCCUAGCAUUCUGAAUUUUAACACUGACGAGAUAACUGACAGUAUCCGUGAGACUAUGAAGAAGAAGUACCUGAGCAAUCCGGAUUAUAAUUUCGAAAAAGUUAGCCGUGCAAGUACCGCUUGCGGACCCAUGGUGAAAUGGGCCAUUGCCCAAAUCAGCUACGCAGAUAUGUUGAAGAAAGUGGAGCCUCUGCGAAACGAGUUGCGUCAGUUAGAGGAGGCUGCGACGAAGAAUAAAGAAGAGGCAAAGAAUGUCGAGGGCACGAUCGAAUCGUUGGAACGCAGUAUUGCAAAAUACAAGGAAGAGUACGCAGUGCUCAUUAGUCAGGCACAAGCUAUAAAAGCUGACCUGGCCACAGUCGAGGCCAAGGUUGAACGUUCAGUUGCCUUGAUCAAAUCACUCAGCAACGAACGCCAGCGUUGGGACAGUGGUGCUGAGACUUUCAAGGCUCAAAUGUCUACAAUCUUUGGAGAUUGCCUGUUAUCUGCCGCGUUCAUGGCAUAUGGUGGUUAUUACGAUCAGCAUUUGCGAGCUAGUUUGCUUGCAACUUGGUGCCAACACUUACAGACAGUGGAUAUUCGCUUCCGUAGUGAUUUGGCUUUGGUGGAAUAUUUAUCCAACCCAGAUGAGCGACUCCGUUGGCAAGCAAAUGAACUACCCAACGAUGAGUUGUGUGUAGAAAACGCAAUCAUGCUUCGUCGUUUCAAUCGAUAUCCAUUAAUUAUUGAUCCAAGUGGUCAGGCUACCGAGUUUAUAUUGAAUGAAUACAAAGCGAAAAAGAUAAUGAAGACGUCAUUCUUGGACGACGCUUUCCGUAAGACAUUGGAGUCGGCACUUCGGUUUGGUACACCUUUGCUGGUACAAGACGUCGAAUCCUACGAUCCUAUUCUUAACCCCGUACUCAAUCGUGAAGUUCGUCGUACUGGUGGCCGUACGCUGAUCACUAUCGGAGACCAGGAUAUUGAUCUGUCACCGACGUUCCUAAUCUUCUUGUCAACUCGUGAUCCGUCGGUCGAGUUUCCUGCUGACGUAUGUUCUCGCGUCACCUUCGUGAACUUCACGGUGACUCGUGGCAGUUUACAGACACAAUGUCUGAACGCAGUUCUGAAGGCCGAACGACCGGAUGUGGACGCUAAGCGUUCGGACUUACUGAAAAUGCAAGGAGAAUUCCAGCUUAGAUUACGGCAUUUGGAAAAGGACCUGUUGCAGUCACUAAACGAAGCCGAGGGUAAUCUUUUGGAUGAUGAUAAAAUUAUCACUCGUUUGGAGACCCUAAAACAAGAGGCUGGUGAGGUCGCAAAGAAGGUGGAGGAAACGGACGUGAUCAUGUCCGAGGUAGAGACUGUGUCGCAACAGUACGUGUCCCUCGCUCAAUCCUGCUCAAAUAUCUACUUCACACUGGAGGCAAUGAACCAGGUGCAUUUCUUGUAUCACUAUUCAUUGCAAUUCUUGUUGGACGUGUUCUCCCAUGUACUGUCGAAGAAUCCGCAUCUAAAGGAUGUUCGUGACUAUGCUCAGCGACUGAAGGUGAUCACAAAGGACUUAUUCCAGGUCACCUAUAACCGAGUUGCUCGUGGUAUGUUACACAAUGAUCAAAUCACAUUCGCGGUCCUAUUGGCACGUAUUUUCAUCAAGGGUCAGAUCAGUGCGCAGUCUUCAGGAUUGGAGUCAGAAUUCAAUUGUUUCCUAAGGAGUCAGGAUACUUUAUCCAAGGACACAGAAGGGCAGUCAACCGUGGAGGGCGAUACAGACCUUGCUAAUAAAGAACAACAGAGAUGCGUGACCAGACUAAAAUCUCAGUUUGAGCCGUUCAAGAAAUUGGACACAAUGAUCGCACAGAAGCAAGCCGAGUUUAAAUCGUGGCUAUCAAGUGUUGCACCUGAAACGUGCGUCCCAACUCUAUGGGAAUGUCCCAAAACCGAUGCGAACCAACCCAGUUGGUUCACAGCUACUCAGACAUCAAUGUACAAUCUGUUAUUGAUCCAAGCAUUCCGGCCGGAUCGACUUUUGGCUUCAGCGCAUCGGUUUGUUUCGGCCACUUUUGGAGAAACAUUUAUGGAGGAAGCAAGAGGACAUUUGGAUCUGUUGUCUAUUGUAGAGCAAGAACUGCGUCCAAACAUGCCGGUGCUACUUUGUGCCGUUCAGGGCUUUGAUCCCAGCGGACGUGUCGAAGAUUUAGCUUCGGAGCAUCACAAGGCGCUCACGAAUAUCGCCAUCGGUUCCGCCGAAGGUUUCUCUCAGGCCGACAAAGCGAUAAAUUCGGCUGCGAAGAACGGAAAAUGGGUUCUUCUGAAGAACGUUCAUUUGGCUCCUGGCUGGUUAGUGCAAUUGGAGAAGAAAUUACACAGUGUUCAACCACAUCCAAACUUCCGUCUGUUCCUAACCAUGGAGAUCAAUCCGAAAUUGCCAGUGAAUCUUUUGCGAGCUGGGCGAGUGUUCGUAUUUGAACCGCCUCCAGGAAUUAAGGCAAGUCUGCUGCGCACUUUUGCUAACAUCCCGUCCAAUCGUAUCUCGCGUGCACCGGCCGAACGCUCUCGAUUGUACUUCCUCUUGGCCUGGUUCAAUGCAGUUGUGCAAGAGCGAUUACGUUACGUCCCAUUGGGUUGGUCCAAGCGUUACGAGUUCACGGAAUCCGACUUGAAGGUGGCCUGCGACACGAUUGACACGUGGGUAGAUAGCGCCGCUUUGGGACGAUCCAAUUUACCACCGGAAAAAGUUCCUUGGUCAGCUUUGCGUACGCUACUCGGACAGAGUAUCUAUGGUGGUAAAAUUGACAAUUCCUUUGAUCAACGCCUUAUGGAGACGUUCCUUUCGGUUUUGUUUACCGAAGCUAGCUUCGAGCACGACUUUCCUUUGGUUCGUGAUGUGGACGGACAAGCCGGAAAGAAUAUUGUGGUUCCCGAGGGGAAUGCUCGCGAUGAGCUGCUCGCAUGGAUUCACAAACUUCCAGAUAUUCAAACUCCAUCGUGGCUUGGAUUACCCAAUAAUGCUGAGAAAGUGUUAUUAACAAACUUGGCAAUGUUCUUCGAACGAGACCUGCGUAAACUGAUUGCCUUGGAUUUAGAAGAUGAUGCCGAUCAUAAACAACUCGCCGGAGCUGGUCACGAAAUGACUGGAAAUCUCCUUAAACUGCAAGAAGCUGUCACCGAUGAUGACUCCCUGGUUUCUGCUGGAGUUUUGGAUCGUAAGAAGUCUUCUGUGGUAGCAGACAGUCGACCUGUCUGGAUGAAGCAGCUUCAGUCCACGGCGAGCUCGUGGUUGUCACUGUUGCCACAGAGCUUGAAACGACUCACACGUACCACGGAUAAUUUGCGCGAUCCACUUUACCGGUUCUUCGAACGGGAGGUUAACAGUGGCGCUAAUUUGCUAAUCACCGUGCGACAGGACCUGGAAACUGUGAUUGCGAUUUGUUCCGGUGAGCGCAAACCAACGAAUCGCCAUCGUCUUCUCAUGUCCGAUCUCGUCAAAGGAAUCAUUCCAACUGACUGGCGGCGCUACACAGUACCCAAAGGAACAACUGUCAUUCAGUGGAUCACUGAUUUUGCUAUGCGAAUCAAACAAUUGAUCACGGUCAGCCAGGCUGCUGGUUCUGGCGGAAUAGCUGCAUUGCAAGAUAUCCAGGUGUGGCUCGGUGGCUUAUUCAUGCCGGAAGCCUACAUCACGGCUACUCGACAGUUCGUGGCACAGUCAAAUGGCUGGGCUCUGGAGGAGCUCUAUUUGGAUGUACAGUUGGUUCAAGUUAGUCCAGGGAAAAAGGUGGCCUCACCCGGUGGUGGUGCGUUCGUGGUACUGGAUUUGAAACUGAUGGGAGCAGAGCCUGUUGAUGGUGCGACUCUGCGUUUGUCCGAGAAAAUCUCAGUGGAUCUUCCAUUCACCAUACUCAAGUGGAUCAGACUAUCAACCGAUGAACAAGCCAAACGUUAUAUAGAAAAAGAAGGUGUGAUUCGUCUGCCGGUCUAUAUGAACGGGUCGCGAUCUGCAGUUCUAUUCACCCUACAGUUAGCUACCAAGGAAACCUAUACUCGGUUCUAUGAACGCGGCGUUGCUCUGUUGGCAUCCCCGUUGGUUUGA